AUGAGGUCGGACGUGUACCGACUCACAAGUAGCACCGUCGUAAAAAAAGGAAAAGCGGAUCGGCUUCGCCUCGAGGCGGAGGCAUCUCGCUUUGUCGCGUUGCACACCUCCAUACCGGUCCCAGCCAUCUACGACUUCUGGGAAGAGGGUGACGGAAAUGCUUAUCUCGUCAUGGAGUACAAGGAGGGCGAGAUUCUACAACGUAAAUGGCGACAGCUGUCCCCUGAUCAGAAAAUGACUGUCAUGCGCACGUUGCGACGGUUUGUUGAAGAGCUGCGUGUCAUCCCUCAGCCUGCGCCACGUGGAUGGAUUGGGUCCGUCUCCAAAGGCGCGUUAUACGACUACCGUAUCUCGAGUCAAUCCGCGCAUGGGCCAUUCCAAAAUGAGGAUGCAUAUAACGACUGGCGUAUUUCGACGUUUUCUUGGUUUGGAACCGAACACUCACCUACUGGCGUGCGUUUACAGCAAUUACGCGAGGAGAUGCCAAAUGACCACAGGAUUACCUUCACCCAUGCGGAUAUUACGCGACGCAACAUUCUUGUUUCUGUCACUGGGGAGGGUGCCGAUGACGUGACUAUCACUGCCCUUUUGGACUGGGAGCAAGCAGGUUGGCGUCCCGAAUUUUGGGAAGCUGCAAAGUUUAUGUUUGGCGUGGACCCGACGAAUGAUUGGAUUGUUCUAGGAAGACAGGAGGUGGUACCUGGUUACGACUUGGAAUUGGCACGAGAAGACGAGCUUCUGUUCAUAUCCGGACCUCCACAAUGA